GAGAGAGAGAGUGUAUGUAUAUGUGAAUGUGUGAGAGGUGGUGGAGGAGGUGUUUAGAUGUUCUCCUCCUCCUGGCUCGGCGCUUGGCGUGUGUCUUUCCAAGCGUACGGGGAAGCGCCAACUGCGUGUCCGGGACUAAGUGGAGUGGAGGAGCGCGUGAAGGAGCGCGUGAAGGACAGAGUGGUUUAUAUCCCAUUGUAAUAAUCCGCUUUGGAGAAAUAGAGCGCGAGAGAGAGAGAGAGAGAGAGAGAGAGAGAGAGAGAGCGGAUACAGAGGAGAACGAGGAGGACUUGAGGAAAUCCUUUCAGCAUCCAGCCUUCAGGAGAUGGGACUGGUGUUUCCGGCCAGGACUGAAAGUUUGGACCUGUGACCUGACUCUCCACGGAGACUCCUAAGAGCUAGUCACCAAUGAUCUCCUUGUCGUGAUCUCAGCACGGGGCAGCCAUGUUCAAGAACAGCUUGAAGGCGCUGCUUAGCGGCGGGAAGUCCAACCGCAAGAACCGGAACAGCGGUGGAGCCCCAGGCGACAGUGAGUGUGUGUUUGAGGGUGAUUACGGUGUUCCUCCUCUCCCGGUGACUGAGGGAAUGCAGCACAUCCGAAUCAUGGAGGGAGUUUCUCGCUCUCUGCCAUCCUCACCGCUUCUCUCACACCAGGCCCUCAGCAUGAGACUCCAGCCGCUCAAGAGACUCCCGGGAGAGGACAGUCAUAAUCUGGGUCCCCCUCCCUCAGUGGACGAGGCCGCUAACACCCUGAUGACUCGACUUGGGUUUCUGCUUGGGGACAAAAUGGCAGAGGGGCCCGACAGAGACACAUACGGCUUCGAGGAACCCGAGGAAAGUCAGGCUGUCUGCAUGACACAGAGAAUCAGUCCAUGCUCCAGCCUGGCUAGCAGCUCGGCAUCGCCCCCACCUGGCAGCCCCUGCUCCACCCUUCCCGCUGGUGGAUCGGGACGAGCAGGUGCUUACGGCUCCAUCACAAGCCCUACGUCCACGCUGGAGAGCAGAGACAGUGGCAUCAUCGCCACGCUGACUAGCUACUCGGACAAUGCGGAUCGGAGCGGGAAACACGGCGGCGAUGGCUCACGCCUCAAGCUGCGGCAGACAGGGAAAUCUUCGGGGGGCGACUCGUUUCUGUACCGCGUGGACGAAAACAUGGCCGCCUCCACGUACAGCCUCAACAAAAUCCCAGAGAGAAGCCUAGAGCACUCCGCCUCCCACUCUGCCCACUCGAUUCCCCUCUACCUCAUGCCCCGCCCUAACUCCGUAGCCGCUACAAGUUCUGCUCACCUGGAGGAUUUGGCGUAUCUGGACGAGCAGCGGCAGGCUCCAUUGCGCACGUCUCUUCGGAUGCCGCGACAAAACUCUGGCUCUGGUCGACCUGGAAAUGACCUAAGAGUGCGCUUCGCGCCGUACCGCGCACCGGACAUCGCCCUGAAGCCGCUGCUGUUCGAGGUGCCGAGCGUGACGACGGACGCGGCGUUUACGGGCCGCGAGUGGCUGUUCCGCGAGGUGGAUGCUCAGCUGCGGGGCGGGGGGGCAAGGGGCGUGGUCAUCGCGGGAAACGUGGGCUUCGGGAAAACAGCCAUCAUCUCCCGCCUGGUGUCCCUGAGCUGCCAUGGCAACCGGAGACAGAUGACCUCCGAGACCAUGCACGCCUCACCCAAACAUGGAGACACGUUGCCCCUCAGUCAGACGCAGUCGGCUCACGGGACGCUGGUUGGAGGCAGCAGUUGCCCCGGGACCCCUGAGAUGAGAAGACAGCAGGAGGAGACACUCAGGAGACUCGCGUCUCAGGUAGUGGCUUAUCACUACUGCCAGGCAGACAACGCCUACACGUGUCUGGUGCCGGAGUUCGUACACAACAUCGCGGCGUUGCUGUGCCGAGCUCCUCAGCUGCAGGCAUACAGAGAGCUUCUUCUGCGUCAGCCGCACCUGCAGAGCCUCCUCAGCCUGCGCUCCUGCGUCCAGGAACCGAUCACGGCCUUCAGCCGAGGCCUACUCGAACCCCUGCACGCGCUGCACAGGGAGCAUAAAGUGGCGUGUGAAGAAGAUCUGAUCGUACUGAUCGACGGCCUGAACGAAGCCGAGUUUCACAAACCGGAUUACGGCGACACGAUCGUCUCGUUUCUGUGUAAAACCAUCGAGCGUUUCCCUCCGUGGCUCAAACUGGUGGUGACAGUCAGGACCUCGCUGCAGGAUGUCACCCGUCCGCUGUCCUUCCACCGGAUCUCUCUGGACCGUCUAGACGAGAGCGACGCCAUUGACUCGGACCUCCAGGGUUACAUCCUGCACCGCCUGCACUCCAGCCAGGAGAUCCAGAACAAUGUGGCGCUGAACGGGAAGCUUGACAACGCCGCAUUUGCCAAACUCAGCGCUCACCUCAAAGGCCUGAGCCGCGGCUCGUACCUGUACCUGAAGCUAACACUCGAUCUAAUCGAAAAGGGCUACCUGGUCCUGAAGAGCUCCAGCUACAAGGUGGUACCGGUGAGCCUGGCCGAAGUCUACCUGCUGCUGUUGAACAUGCGUUUCCCGACGCAGUCGUCGUUCGAGCGGGUGUUGCCCCUGCUGAACGUAGCCGUGGCGUCUCUGCACCCGCUGACGGACGAGCAGGCGUUGGGCGCCGUGAAUGCCGGCGUGGUACACGGCACUGCGCUCCACUGGGACGACUUCCAGCAGCGCGCCGAGCUCCUCGCGCCCUUCCUCAUGAAGAGGAGGGACGGCACUCGCAUGUUCGUCCACGCCUCUUUCAGGGAGUGGCUCAUCUGGAGAGAGGAUGGAGAGAAGACCAAGUUCCUCUGUGAACCCAGGAAUGGUCACACACUGCUGGCCUUCUGGUUCUCACGGCAGGACGGCAAACUUAAUCGACAGCAGACCAUCGAGCUCGGCCAUCACAUCCUCAAAGCACACAUCUUCAAAGGUCUGAGUAGGAAGGUCGGGGUUUCCUCAUCUGUGCUCCAGGGGCUGUGGGUGUCGUAUAGUACGGAGGGUCUGUCUGCUGCUCUCGCAUCCCUGCGCAACCUCUACACCCCCAACAUCAAGGUCUCUCGUCUGCUCAUUAUGGGUGGAGCGAAUGUGAACUACCGUACAGAGGUGCUGAACAAUGCCCCCGUGCUGUGUGUGUAUGCACAUCUGGGCUACGUGGAGAUGGUGAUGUUGCUGCUGGAGUUUGGUGCUGAUGUUAACGGAGCGUCAGAGAGCGGCCUCACCCCGCUGGGUUACGCCGCCGCCGCCGGUCACCUGACCGUCAUCACCACCCUCUGCUCCAAAUACGCCAAGGUGGACCAUGUGGACAGGAACGGUCAGUGUCCUCUAGUGCAUGCGGCUCUAAGAGGACACCUGGAGGUGGUGAAGUUCCUGCUGGAGUGUGAGUGGAGCUCUGAGGUGGCCUUCAGUAAAGCACAUGCUGUACAGCAGGCUCUUAUAGCAGCAGCUAGCAUGGGAUAUACUGAGAUUGUGUCGUAUCUGCUGGACCUUCCAGAGAAAGACGAGGAUGAGGAGGUGCGUCCCCACAUCAACAGCUUCGACACGCUAUGGGGUGAAACCGCACUGACUGCAGCAGCAGGCAGAGGGAAGUUGGACGUGUGCAGGUUGUUGUUGGAGCAGGGGGCCGCCGUGUCUCAGCCUAACAGACGCGGCAUCUUGCCACUGUUUAGCGCCGUCCGUCAGGGCCACUGGCAGAUCGUAGAGCUGCUUCAGAAUCACGGUGCAGAUGUGAACAUGGCGGAUAAACAGGGUCGCACUCCUCUGAUGGUGGCCGCGUCUGAGGGACAUCUGGCCACAGCAGAGUUCCUGUUGGAGCAAGGUGCCUCGUUGGCUCUGAUGGAUAAGGAAGGGCUCACGGCUCUGAGCUGGGCAUGUUUGAAAGGCCACCUCCCAUUGGUCCGCACUUUGGUGGAGAAAGGCGCAGCGACGGCUCACGCAGACAAGAGCGGCCGCACGCCUCUGGACCUCGCCGCCUUCUAUGGAGACUCGGAAGUGGUACAGUUCCUGGUGGACCACGGAGCCAUGAUCGAGCAUGUGGACUACAGUGGGAUGAGGCCUCUGGACCGAGCCGUGGGCUGCAGGAACACUUCAGUGGUGGUGGCCCUGCUGAAGAAGGGUGCCAAGAUUGGUCCAGCAACGUGGGCCAUGGCCACCUCCAAGCCAGACAUCAUGAUUGUCCUCCUGAGCAAGCUGAUUGAGGAAGGAGAUGGAUUCUACAAGAAGGGGAAGGUGAAAGAAGCAGCCCAGCGCUAUCAGUACGCCCUGAAGAAGUUCCCUCGUGAAGGUUUCACAGAGGACCUGAAGAGUUUCCGUGAGCUAAAAGUCUCCCUGCUGCUCAACCUGUCCCGCUGUCGGCGCAAAAUGAACGACUUUGGCAUGGCGGAGGAGUUUGCCUCCAGAGCUCUAGAGUUGAAACCCAAAUCCUAUGAGGCCUUUUACGCACGAGCCCGCGCCAAACGCAGCAGCAGGCAAUUCCACGCAGCCCUGGAGGACCUGAGUGAAGCCAUCCGCCUGUGUCCGAAUAACCGCGAGAUCCAGCGACUGCUGCAGCGUGUGGAAGAGGAGUGUCGCCAAGUCGCUCAGCAACAGCAGCUGGAUCCACCUCCAUCCCCUCCCCAUGAGCAAGCCCCGCUAAUGGUGCCGCACCCUCCUUCACUGGAGCCCCGUCUGUCUGACAUGGAGCCAGUGCAGGACCUGUUUGAAGAAGACGAGGAUUACCUGGAGCAGGACUUGGAUGGUCUUCCACUAGCCGUAACCGCUGAGCGUCAUUCUAGUCCCUCGGGUUUGCCUGUCAUCCAGAGCAUGCCACCUUCCCCAAGCCAUUUGCCCUACCUUUCCGAAAGUGCUUCCAUGGGCCAUGCAUAUGAACUACGCCCCAGUCCUCCUUCCAUGUCCUCUCCGACUCGUCAGGGCUACCAGUCCACCUCUCCUUCGCUCUCUCCGACGCACCAGACAUCCCACUAUCGUCCGAGCCCCCCUCACACCUCCCCAGCCCAUCAAGCUUCCUCUUCAUCUUCCUCCUCAUCUUACCACUUCAGCCCGCCUCCUUCACCCUUGCGCCGUGGAGCCUACACCUCUGAGAAUGCAGCCCUCUACAGACCACAGUCUGCCUCUGUCAGCUCAAACCGCUAUCAACAGGAGGUACUUGCGGGCAGGCCCAAAUCGCCGCUAGCUAAAAUGGGCAGCCAGCGCUCACUGCAGCAGCAAACUCAGUGGCUACAGCCAGCCAAAGCCCAGAUCGUUCGCACAAAUCAGACCAGUGGCUCAGUGCACUCCGCUGCUUACUCGCAUAUGUCCCAGGCAAUGAGGGGGCAUGUUCCGGGGGAUGUCGAUGAGCUUGGAGAAUUGGCUUAUUCAGGCCCGUUGCAGAUUCAAGGCAGUGUGUACAUAGAAGAGGAGCUCCCUCAGAGGCCCUCACAUUCAUACAAGCCCAGCAUCACAGGCCCACGCUAUGGUCAAAUGGCACCUCAGAUCAGCCGCAGCCAAUCGGCCGCUUAUUAUCCCGUUCAGCCACAUGAAAUCGAGCGCCAGCCUCAGUUAUCAUCCCCUGAACACCCUCACGGUCUUCGGCGCCCACUAAGUGCCGCAGGGCCCGCCUCAAGGCCUCUUAUCCACUCUCAGAGCACUGGCCUGCGCUUCUCACCCUCUAGCAGCAGUCUGGCUGUAGGAUCCACCUCUAAUUUAGGUCCAGGCUUCCGGCCCUCGGCUUCAGCACAACAAAUGGAGAUCCCACUGAAGAUGGCUUAUGAGGUCGGAUACAGCGAUGAUAUGUCUCCAGCUUCUCCACCCCAAGGCACCGACAUGCGACUUUUAGGAGGGACCUACCCAGGCGAGGCAAUGCGUGCACGCAGCACACCCUUUAUGGGUAUCAUUGACAAGACAGCACGGACCCAGCAGUUUGUCCAGCAACCUUUGUCUUCUUCGUCUUCAUCUUCGUCACGCACCUGGGCCGUGUCGUCUUUAGACACCGUCGUCUCUAGCCCUGCUACAUCACCUGGCAACAUGACCUAUGGGCACCUUGCUUACUACAAUCGCACCAACAAUGCCCACAAUGGACACCUCGUGGAGGAAGACUACUAUCGGUCAGAUACCACAGGCCGGGUGAGCCAGGGACCCACGUACCCGGACGUCAAGGUGGCGCGAACGCUGCCAGUCUCACAGGCCUAUCAGGACAGCGACUAUAGACAGGUGGGACAUGGGGAGCGCCAAGGUCCUUCCUCCCCUAUCAAACCAAAGAGGCCCUUUGUUGAGUCUAACGUUUAAGGCACACCUUGUAGAUAUGUACUAGGACUAGUUUCCCCCCAACACUUUGAUGUAAUCAGAUCCUGAAUAAAUGGACCAGAAAGCGAUGUUGUAGAAAGCAUCUGCAUUGGGAUCCGGACUUGCAGGAUGCUUCAGGAGCCUCAAUUGGAAUGGACCGCCUUAACUGCUGUAUGCUAUCUAGAGAUGCGGCAAUACUGGAUUAUUAGGAUCAGAGUCUGUUUAAAAAAAGAGGAUGUUUUAUCAGUGUAAUCGAUAACAGUACACUUUAGAGGCUAGGUGAGAAUAGACCUUUUCAAAAGCUAGCACUUACCCCUGACACCCCAAGCGUUUCUUUGUCCUUAGUUACUGUUUUCCCACAUAGUCGACUAGUUGACUGAUUAAAGUAAACAAUAGCAUUUGUGCCCCUUCCUGAACAAACAUUCUACGCUCACGACAAUGAGCAACAACAAAUUAUGGCCUAAGAAAGCUAUUGUGAUUGGCUGUUCAAACGAGCAAUUCCAUAAAAAAAAGAACAUAAAAGGAGGUCCUGCUCAACAUUUCCUCUACUCACAUGUUCCUUAAAAAAAAUCCAUAAUUCUGGACUUAAUAAUGUCAUCUGGCGUGACAGUAGAGUUUUUACACUGGUACAAAAUACACUGUAUGGCCAAAAGUAUGUGUAAAAUGAGUAAAGCUCCUCAUAAUAAGCUCCACUCUUCCACUAGAUUUAGUGGAGAUUUGUGUGAGAUUCAUUCUGCCACAAGGAUGUGUGUUAGUGAAGUCAGGUAUUGAUGUAAGUGAGGUAAGGAGGUUCCUGCGAUGCAGGUUUAUAGCUCUAUAGCAGGAGAUCUUUCACUCUAACCCAUGUCAUGCAGAUCUUCAUGGAGCUGGUUUUGAGCACUUUGAGUCUUUUAGUACAAGUGAAUAGAAAAUGUAAUGUUAGCGCAACCAAAGACGGUCCACUUUGUGGAGGGUGUCCCAAUACUUUUGGCUAUGCAAUGUACAUGAAAUGCCAGGUUUCGUCUCACAAUUUUGGCUUUAUUUCAAUUUGACAUUUGAGUGCAGACUAUCGCCUCCUGCUGGUUAUUAAGUGUGUUUGCCAGCUUUUUGGACAUGGGCUUUGUGUCAGGGUCCUAAUUCUGAACGUAGUCUAGCCAACUUAACGUUUUUACACCACGUUAAGUACAAAUCACGUAUGGAAUCUUUUACUCCGAGUAAUCAGGCCACAUUUCAUUCCCCUCUCCUACCACUAGGGGGAUCUUUUGAAUAAGGAACGAUGACUUUAAGCUGUGGUCUUGCUCUGAAGUCUUGCCUGAAGCCUCUUAUGUAUAUACGGCUGUAAAAUGUGACCCCCCCCCCAAAAAAAAAAAAAAUCAGUGUGUAUAUAGCUGAAAUAACAACAGAAGAUAUGGAAUAUUUAUCAAUUUAAGUUAUGUUUGUAUAAAAUGAUAUAUACUUUAGUUCAGGUGCCAAUGUGCUCCGCCUUCUUGCUCCCGGUAGGUCGGUAAUGUGAAUUAUAAUUUUUUUUUUCAAUGGAAACUUUUUUAUCAUUUACAAUGCCGUGCUGUGGUCUCCAGGCUCGAGGAGCAACAUUCAGGAGUAUCAUCUCACACAUCUCCAUCAUCAUCUCACAUUGUUUCUCCAUAGUCUUUACAGAUCACGUGAUCGUAAAGGAGAGGCUUUUUUUUUGGGUUUGUUUGUUUGUUUGUUUUUUAUAAACACCUUUCCAAAA